AUGGCCCCAUCUUCUGUCUUUCACUUCCCUAUACGAACUUUGUCGAACGAGCGCGUAAAGCUGGUGCCUUUCGACCCCAAGCACCAUGUAGAAACAUUCUUUCGCCUGUCAGAGCCGCAUCCAGAGCUGUAUGCGCAUAUGAGUCACGGGCCAUUCCCAUCUGCUGCAAAGCUCAAAGCGGAAUUUUAUGAGAGGGGCAACAAGCACCCAAUAUCCUUUACCAACACGGACACAUUCGCCUUUGCUAUCAUCGACAAGACGCGUCCCCCAUCUGCAGAUGAUCCCGAGGGUGAAUUGGCCGGCACUGUGAGUUACUGUUAUACAUCGGCAGAACAUCUCAGCACCGAGAUUGGAUUUAUCAUUAUUCUCCCGCCCUAUCAACGGAGCCAUGUAGCAACCAAUGCUCUUGGACUUGUCUUGAAUUAUGCGCUGAAUGAGCCAGAUGAAGGAGGCCUUGGAUUGCGCAGGGUGCAUUGGAAAGCCAGCGCAGCUAAUUCAGCUAGUUCCCGACUUGCAGAGAGAAUGGGCUUCGAAAGAGUUGGAUUCACGCCGUGGCACAUGCGCUUCGUCAAGGGCAAAGAGAAGGGGAAAAUAGGAAACGGCAAAGAACCACCUCCUGGCAGCGAUCCAGCAGAUUUGUGGAGGGAUACAGUUGAUCUAAGCCUCGGAUGGGACCAAUGGCGGAGUUGUGCAAGAGAGAGAACGCAAAAGGCAAUGAGCAGAUAG